AUGUUCUAACAUAAGGAUCAUGAAUUUAAUCAACUGAUUUACUCAAUAAAAGAAUAUGAAGAAAAUUAAAUAAGAUCUUAUCACAAUAUAUCCUCAUAGAAUUACUAAAAAUUUUUAGUUCAUCCUACUGCCUUAGGUGAGGAACACAUUUUGUAUGGAUCAAAUUCUCUUCAUUUAUUAGUUUAAAUGAAGGUAGAUUUGAGAGAAGAAUCUUUUGUAAAUAUUAGAAUAAGAAAUACUUCACUAAUAUGAGCAAAUUUAGCCAGAUGUGACUUAAGUGAUUUUGAUUUGACAAUGUCAUUAAUAGCGGAAUGAAUUUGAAUGGAGCGAAAUUACCCAUUCUAAAUGGAGGAAUCUAAAAAUAAAUGAGUUGAAUAAGUUAAUGGUCAUAGUGAUAGUGUCAAUAAUGUGUGCUUUCUCCAAAUGACACUUCAUUAAGCUUCUUGCAGUGAUGAUAGUUCGAUUAGGUUGUGGGAUAUGAAUAGAGGAAAUAAAAAAAUUAUAAUAAAACGAAGGAGCACGGUCAAAAAUACUCUGUGAAAAAUUUUUGGAUAUAUGGAAUCUUAAAACAGGAAAAUAAAUAUCAAUAAUAAUAGUGUCUAUAUUUAUUCAUCAUGUUUCUCUCCGAUAAUAAGAUAUUAGCAUUUGGUAGUAAUGAUAGCUCUAUCUGUUUAUAGGAUGUGAGCAAAAAAUAAUAAAGGUUCUAAUUAAAAGGUCAUUAUGUAACAGUUUACUCGGCAUACUUCUCUACCGAUGGCACUACUUUAGCAUCUGGUGGUGAUUAAUUCUAUUCGUUUAUCAGAUACAUAGUCAGGAUAUAAAAACACCAAGUUAAAUGGUUAAAUCAAAUAAAUUAAUUCAUGCUUUUUUUCUCUGAUAAUACAAUAUUGGCAUGUAGUAGUUUUGGAAGUUUUCAGUCUUUGGGAUUUGAAAACAGGAUAAUAAUAAGCUAAUUAGAUGGCCAAACUAAUCAUGUGUAGUCUGUUUCUUUCCUGAUGGCAUUACAUUAGCAUCUGGUAGUGAUGAUUGCUCUAUUAGUGUAUAAAGAAAAAUUAUGGUCAUUCAGGUUGGGUUUUUUCUGUCAAUUUCUCUCCUGAUGUAUUAUAUUAGCAUUUGGUAGUUGUGAUUAUUCUAUCAGUUAAUAAGAUGUGAAGACAGGAUAAUAAAAAGCAAAAUUUGAUGGUCGUGAAGAUGCAGUUUAUUCAGUUAAUUUCUCUUCUAGCAGGAAUAAGUUAGCAUCUGGUGGUUAUGAUACCUCUAUCAGUUUAUGUGAAGACAAAAGAAUAGAAAGCGAAAUUAAAUGGUCAUGCUAGUUAUGUCUCGUCAGUCUUUUUCUCUCCUGUUGGUAUUUAAUUAGCACCUAGGAGUUAUGA